GCUCUUACUCCGCGUGUGAUAUGGCUAACUACCAAUGUUGCUUAAACCUUGACAUGGAAUAUGGCUUCACAUCGAGCCUCUUCACGACCAUGCCUUCAAGACCAAAAUCGAGUGACAAUCACAUGUGAUGAACGUCUUAGUCGCCAUGGUGCGUGUAGUGACCCAGGUGAUGCGUACAAACUCCAAAGACAAUUGCGCAUCCAACAUUACAAAACACUGUAGCUGCAAACCACGAACCAAUUAACCAUUCUGUUCGAAAGACCAAACAUACAACCCCAAUGAGUAAAUUUCUGACGUUCCAGAUUUUGGAUGAUUCGAAUCUUAAUGACAACUACAAACAAGGCUUUUGCGAUGAAGAAGUUGAUCAAAAAGCCAGUACCUCGUCUGGGGGUACUGAUGUUUGUAAUUCUGCUUCUGCUGAUGCCAUCCUAGCAAGAACAAGGUCGUGGCUUGACGCAAAAUGCUUGCAAGAGCAGGCUUCUGCCGACUGGGCGCCAGAGUUUUCUCGUGAACGCUGGUCAACUUUCCAAGAACAAGAGGGCUCAAUACACGGAAGUCCAGCAAUCGACACCACGAUUCUCGAGCGCAUACACGCCGGCCGUGGACCGCGCGAUCCGUCGUAUGAAGUGGAUCUUCUGGCCGCUGUACGCUUGGAGCCAGUGGAGAUGAUCGAAGGGCCAGAGCCUGAGUAUGUAAGAGAGACAUACAAAGCCACAAGUAAAGUUCUUCUGGAGUGGAAUCUGCAUAUCUCCGCAGACAAAUACGAUCCCGAAUUGUCGAAGGCGUUGGUAGGCGUUCUCAACGAGCGGGUAAGGCUCUUUGGUGAGGUCCAAAAAGGUACUGCGAACCCGACUAUCCUCAACAAGACAUCGGACUCCUCGCGACAGAUAAUCCAGGCUCUAUGUGCGCUUCGACCUGAGGUUGCUAGAUUCAGCACCCUCAAUCCUACCACUAUUUUGUAUAUCCUGUGGGCGUAUAUCGGAAGAGCGGUCCCGGACAUGGACGACGACCUGAAAUACGCAACGAUGAGAGUUUUGUUGGGCGAACGCUUGCUGAUGUCUAGCGUAAAGAACAAACGAAGACGUGAAAUGAUGGAGGAUGACAUAAAAACAUCACGACAAAGAGGGGAAAUGAUACGAGUACAGAGACUGGAAGAAGAGAGGAGUAAGGAGGAAAGGAUACUCUGCGAAGCUGCGAAGACUGAGACUAGACAGCGAAUCAAAUACGCACGCAGGGGAGUGAGAGAAGAAGCCUUGCGAGAACUGCAGCAGUUGACGCUGCUGCAAGCGGCACAGAAAUGGGCGUUUGGAGAUAAGACGAUCCCGCCAUGGACCGGAUUACAUCAAGCAUGUGCUGACGCAGAUACCAACUUACGACGUACACUCUUGCAGAAGGCAGAUGAUCUAGAUGCAAGUUGUCAUGCCCUCGACGCAAAUGCGGAUCUGUUUCGCCGCCUACACCGUAAGGUUCUCACUCGCGCGUUGAAGUUCGUAGGGCGCGAUUUGAACUGCGACGACGCAACAAGAGAGAAAGUGAUCAAAGAGCGUAUGAACGACCCUGACACGUUGAGAAUGAUGAUUGAAGUCAAUGCCGACUUGGCUGGUCAGAAACAGGCAGCAGGACAACUGCAUGAGCAGAUGGAUAUGGUAGAGGCGUCGCUGAACCCGUUACUCGAUGCUGCAAAGGUGCAGUACCGGGCACACGACGGUCUGAGUCGAGUGUUGAAUUGCGAGCAAAGUUUGAGUGUAAGUGGAGAUUUCGACGCGGAGAUGCAAGAGAAGUGUGGACCCGAUCGAGACGAGGUAGUGCUGAUGAUGAUGAGAGAGCUGCAAGCAACGGGGGACGAAGCGAGCGAGCUGUCAGUUGAGGAUGAGGAUCAGGGUGCUUCACGAGAGAAUAACUCUCACUUGUAGUAAUGGAUGUAGUUGGUACGGAAGUAGAAACGAGCCGUGCUCGAGUAUUAGCCGGUUUGUUGAACUCGCACAGCCGUGAUGUUGGCGACGGUGGAAUGCUCGGGUCGAUUCGAGCCGAGCCGUCGACUUCUUGAGGUGACGACUGGCUGCUGGUAGAGUGAUGUUAGGGAGCCAGUAUGAAGUCUGUCGCAAUCAGCUGUCAAGAGAAGGUUCCCUGGAACAUGGUCA